CAGCCCCGCGGCCUCCGUUCUUGUCGCCCAACCCGCCCGCCAGAUCGCUCGGAUCACCUUGCCCUGCAUCUGCCGCCCUUCACCUGAACAGCCAUGUCUGCCUCCGAAGAAAAAAUCAUCCAGAACCGACUGCUGAUGGAUCCGGCGGUGAAAGCCGUCAAGAAAUGUCUCCGUCAGUUCCACGCAACCGUCGCUGCGCUGAACCAGCACCGGUCGUCAGCAGAGAGUCAACUCGCUAUGGAGAGUUUUCUGGUCGCCUUGAGCGGACUAGAAACAAGCAUCUUGAAGCAUCAGCUGCUACACGACAUGAACCUGCGGGAAACCAGUCACUACAUCGAAGAUCAGCAGCGCAUCGAGCGGGAGAUUGUCAACGCCCGAGAAGACAUCGAAUCUCUGAAACUAGAGCUCGUCGAAGCCCAGCGACAGCGAAAUAAUCGCCUCGAGUACGAUGCCAAAGCCCGAGAGAUUCAGCAGUACGAAUCCAGGGCGAGGAAAAGCAAGAAGAUCGAUGUUCUGAAAGCCGAGAUAUCCAAGUUCGAGGCAGAGCAGCGUGCUCACAAAACCUCGAUGGAGUUCCGGAAGCGACAGAUCCAAGCCGCCCUCAACACUCUCCACACCAUCCAAGAAGAAAUCGCCGAUACCCGUGAUGCCGAGGCACAGGAGCUGAGCCACUAUUUAGCGCUGCUGGAAUCCAAGGCCCCGCAAGUUGUCGAGGAGGAAGAUGGCCUGCUCAACGACGACGACCGAGACAAUGCCGGGGAUCCAAUGGAAACCUGAGUCCAGGCAACUGCCAUGCACUGCAUUCGCCGGCGGCUCUAACCCUGAAAGGAGGCAAAGUUCUUGUGAUCGACUGCCUAAUAUUACAGCGUACCCAUUUGGAACGGGACACCUGUUUGAGUCAGGGCUGUCGUUGAUUUCUGGUCCUGAAUACACACUCGCCCAUCCCUACCAUGAC